CCCACAUGAGACAGAGAAAGUGUUGCCACCGCCAGAUAAUAAUAAAAAAAUGCAAACACAUGAGACUGUAACUACCUUACCCACACAGGUUAAAAUUGGACCCAACACAGCAAUCACUUCUGAGCAGUAUGCAAAUGUAAAAUGGACAGACCCAAAGAAAUCAACAAAAGAUCUAUUACUGGCUGUUUUUGGGAGAAGAAAGUUGGCGACACACACCUACACAGGGAAGUGCUCAAACGCCUUUAGGGGAAGAGAGGCCAAACCUCAGCUGGAUCCAGACAAAGUGUGUGACAUAAUAAACUACAUCAGGAAAAAAUUUGGCACAGAUAUUAGACUAAUCAAACAAGCCAUUUCCCAAAAGUGUGCAGAUGAAUGUAAAAUGGCGACGAGAAAGAUGUAGGAUUUUGUUGUCUAGCCUUUGUUGCCUUUUUGUCUGUCAAUGUAUUUAUUUGCUUGCAUCAUUGUUUGUCUGUUUGUUACUUAAUUAUAAUAAAAUUGUUUAAAUUACCAAUUAAUAA